UACACCACGGCUAGCAGCAGCAGCAGCUUUUAGUGUACCGCAAAGCAGCAGCGCGAAUAAGCGCAAUGGCCGCCGAAAUAUAGCUGCGGACUGUCGGUUAGGACGUAGUACUAAUAAAGGCGCCAGUUGAUCAGGCAAACUAUAGCAGAGAAAACGCGCUACUUUAUAUUACUGACUGUUGCUCGAUCGUGCGUGGCCUACAACUGAAGCUCCUGGAUAACUCUCGUAACUGUUAUACGUUUGUCAAACUAAUCUCGUCUCGACUUUACUCAGUGAUAUAGUUACUUCGUGUUUGUUAUUGUUUUUUUGCCAACUCGGCGCUGACUUUGACACUUUCUUUAUUAUUACUCAUUGAGCGGAGCCUGCAGACUUUGCAGUCGAAAAGUGCCACAGUGACAAUUACAUGAAAUUUUAAAAAAUGGAAGAAGACACUGAAUUCACCAAAUUACCCGUCGAGGAUCGUUGCGUGCACAAAUUGUGGAAAGCUCGCUUACAUGGCUAUGAAGAGUGUGCUAAAAAUUUUAGACUAAUAGACGAUGAAAAGUCACCUGAAUGGAACAAAUUUCUUGGUCUCGUUAAAAAGUUUGUCUCCGACAGUAAUGCUGCUGCUCAAGAAAAGGGAUUGGAAGCUGUGCUGGCUUAUGUAGAAAAUGCAGCUGUUGCUGGAAAGACAACUAAUGAUGUUAUAAGUGGAAUUGUCACAAAGUGUAUUGCUGCACCUAAAGCUAAGACUAAAGAACUAGCUGUGCAAAUAAUUUUAAUGUACAUUGAGAUCGAAAAGCAGGAAGCUGUUCAAGAAGAACUUAUUAAAGGAACAGAGGCAAAAAAUCCUAAAAUUGUCUCAGCCUGUAUCUCGACAUUGACCCUUGCCUUAAGAGAAUUCGGACCCAAAGUCAUGAAUAUUAAGCCUUUAAUGAAGAAAAUUCCUACCCUGCUUGAAGACAGAGAUAAAAAUGUUCGUGAUGAAACUAAAGCUCUAGUUGUAGAAAUAUAUAGGUGGUUAGGUCCUUCAUUUAAACAACAACUGAGUAAUUUAAAACCGGUCCAGUUAAGUGAAUUAGAGACAGAAUUUAAUAAUUUGGGCAAUGAUAAAGCUGUUCCAAACAGAUACCUUAGAUCUCAAAAACCAAAAGUUGUUUCAAAUACAGAAAGUAAUGAUUGUGAAGUCGAAGAUGAUGAUGAAGUUGAUGAUGACGGUAGUAAUCAGCCUGACAUUGAUCCAUAUGAUCUCAUUGAUCCAGUUGAUAUUCUUUCUAAACUACCAAAAGAUUUUUAUGAUAAACUUGAAUCUAAGAAAUGGCAAGAGCGAAAAGAAUCUCUUGAAGCAUUGGAUACACUGGUCAAAAAUCCAAAGUUAGAGAAUGGAGAUUAUGGGGAAUGUACUCGGGCCCUAAAAAAAAUUGUGGCUAAAGAUUCUAAUGUUGUUGUUGUGACCUUGGCAGUUAAAUGCAUGGCUGGUCUGGCAGGUGGAUUGAAGAAACGUUUUCAACCUUAUGCAUUAACUUGUCUUCCUGCUAUUUUAGAAAAAUUCAAAGAAAAGAAACAGACUGUUGUAGUAGCUCUCAGAGAAUGUGCUGAUGCAAUAUUUUUGAGUGUGAAUAUUGAACAAAUCUCAGAAGAUGUCUUGGCUGCUUUAGAAAAUAAAAAUCCUUCAGUCAAGGCUGAAACUGCUUCAUUUUUAGCUCGAUGUUUAUCAAGAACACCUCCUACAAGUUUAAAUAAAAAGUUAUUAAAAGCCUACACAGGUCCUUUGCUCAAAACACUAAAUGAACCAGAUCCUGCAGUUAGAGAUAAUAGUGCUGAUGCUAUAGGAACAGCAUUGAAAUUAGUUGGAGAUAAAACUAUGUCAGCUUUUCUUGUUGAUGUAGACAAUCUGAAAAUGACAAAAAUCAAAGAAAGUGCUGAGAAAGCAGUGAUUCACGUGAAAGUUGCGGCACCUAAAAAAACUCCUGCUACAAGGCCUAAUACUGCACCAGCUAAAGUAGAAACAACAUCUAAAAAUUCUGAAAAUGAUAGCAAACCAAAAAGGCCUGCUACUGCAGCUCCUAAAAAACAAGCAAUCAAAAAGCCGGCAUCCGCUGGCUCUAAUGCUGCAACAAACAAAAAAGCUCCAGUAAAACUUCAAACUGAGAAAAAUUAUAGCACUGAAGAAGUUGAUGAAAUGGCUGCUGAAAUGCUUCCAAAAGAAAUAUUAUCAGGAUUGGUUGAUAGCAACUGGAAAAAUCGUUUAGCCGCUGUUGAGCAAUUGACAACGCAUGUCAAGCAAAUGGACGAUGUACCCACACAAAUAAUUGUCAGGGUUUUAGGCAAGAAACCAGGUUUUAAAGACACAAAUUUCCAAGUUCUAAAGCUGCGCAUAGAACUUGUUAAAAUGCUAGCUGAGAAUUACAAAUUCACUAGCACGGUUUGUGAAUAUUGUCUAACCGAUAUUACUGAAAAGUUAGGAGAUGUUAAGAAUACAACUACUGCAUCUGAAACUUUGACUGCUAUUGCAGAGGUCAUAAGUUUCGAGUAUGUAGCAAAUGAAGUUAUGACUUUUGCUUUUAAUCAGAAAAAUCCAAAAGUUCAACAAGAAACUCUACUUUGGAUAUCAAAAUCUUUAACAGAAUUUGGUUUCACGUUGAACGCUAAAUCUUUGAUAGAAAAUGUAAAGAAGGCGAUUGCAGCAACAAAUCCUGGAAUUCGAACAGCUGCUAUUUCAUUAGUGGGUACUAUGUACAUGUUUAUGGGAAAGCCAUUGCUUACAUUCUUUGAAAAUGAAAAGCCAGCUCUAAAACAGCAAAUUGAACAAGAAUGUGAGAAGUUUGAAGGAGAAGUGCCUCCUGCGCCGAUUCGUAAAGCAAAAUCAAAAAAAAGUGCUAAACAAGGGCAGGGAGAUGAAGAAAUUGAGGAAGAUGUAGAAGAAAAUUCGGCACCUGCAAUUGAUUUGAGUGAAAUGAUUCCGAGAGUUGACAUUAGUAAUCAGUUAACAGAAGCUCUAAUUAACGAAUUGUCUGAUAAAAAUUGGAAAGUCCGAAACGAAGCUGUUCAAAAAAUUAGUAACAUUGUUACUGAAGCCAAGUUGAUUAAAGGGUCUCUCGGAGAUUUACCCUUAGCAUUAGCUCAACGAUUAUCCGACAGCAAUAUUAAGAUCGCACAGGCAACUUUAGGUCUUUGUGAAACUUUAGCAACGGCUAUGGGACCACCAAUUAAACAAUAUAUUCGUGCCCUUUUUCCCGGUUUUCUUCAAAGUCUUGGUGAUUCGAAAGCGUGGAUGCGCACUGCAGCUAUAUCGUGCAUAAAUUGUUGGGGAGAUCAAUGCGGCUACAAAGAAUUUUUUGACGGUGAAAUGAUAGGAGAUGCAUUGAAAUCUGGUUCUCCAAUUAUGCGGAAUGAAAUGUGGAUAUGGUUAUCCGAAAAAUUGGGCGGAAUUCCUCCAAAACAGAUUCCAAAAGAAGAACUCAUGGUUUGUAUACCAGUUCUCUAUAACAACUUGGAAGACCGAAAUUCUGAUGUUAGAAAAAAUGCACAAGAAGCUGUAUUAGGGUUUAUGCUUCAUUUAUCUUAUGAAUCGAUGGUGAGACAAACGGAAAAAUUAAAGCCUGGAUCUAAAAAUGCUGUGAUUGGAGUAUUGGAUAAAGUACGUCCAAAUCUUCCGGUCAAGCCUUUACCAACUAAAAAAGCUCCACCUGCUGACGAUGGAAGCUCCAAAACAGUUAAAAGUGGAGGAGCAUUGCAGAAAGCUUCAAAAGCUGGAAUCAAGACAAAAGGUGCCAAUGCUGCAAGUAAACCUACGAGUGCUCGGAAGAAAGACGACGAUGUUGAUACAAGUCCCCUACUCGCUGUAAAUAACAUGAAACAUCAGCGAUCUAUUGACGAGCAAAAGUUGAAAAUUCUCAAAUGGAACUUUACAACGCCCAGAGAGGAAUUCGUCGAUUUGCUGAAAGAUUUGAUGUCCACGGCAAAUGUUAAUAAAACUUUGAUGGCAAAUAUGUUCCAUGCUGAUUUUCGUUAUCAUCUUAAAGCCAUCGAAUCUUUGACUGAGGAUUUACCAACCAACAGCAAAGCAUUAGUAUCGAAUUUGGAUUUAAUAUUGAAAUGGCUUACCCUAAGAUUCUUUGAUACCAAUCCUUCUGUAUUGUUAAAGGGAUUAGAAUAUCUUCAAACAGUCUUUAACUUUUUGAUUGAAGACCAAUAUCAUAUGUUGGAAAAUGAAGCAUCAUCAUUUAUUCCUUAUUUAAUAAUUAAAAUCGGAGAUCCAAAAGAUGCGGUUCGAAACGGAGUCAAAGCCUUAUUCAAACAAAUAGCUAUGGUGUACCCAGUUAGUAAACUCUUUUCAUAUGUAAUGGAAGGUUUGAAAUCUAAAAAUGCUAGACAAAGAACGGAAUGUUUGGAUCAAUUAGGAGUACUCAUAGAAAGCUAUGGUGUAUCCGUUUGUCAACCUUCUCCUGCGGCUGCUUUGAAAGAAGUCGCUAAACAGAUUGCUGAUCGUGAUAACUCGGUUAGAAAUGCAGCUUUAAACUGUAUAGUUCAAGCUUAUUUUUUGGAAGGUGAACGAGUUUAUAAACUUGUAGGACAAAUUUCAGAGAAAGAUCAAUCUUUACUUGAUGAACGUAUUAAGAGAGCGGCCAAAAAUAGGCCUGCUAAACCAGCACCUACGGUUAAAGCUAAAGCUGCUACUCAAGCUUCUAUACCCACAAACAUGAAGGAAGUGGAUGAGCCUAAUUACGACGACGAUGAGCCAGAAGAGGAAGAAGAGGAAGAAAAAAUGGAAGAAGAAAAUGACGAGAACAAAAAAACUCCAAUCCAGGUAGAAGACGGCAAAUAUCUAGAAUCAACAUUUGUUUGCAACAAGGGUACCGAGUACGAAAGUGCCAAGUUGAAAGAGGAUACUAGUUCUCAUGAAAAACAAUCAAAAAUUUCGUCUUUAGAUAAAAUCAAGUCAAAUAAUGCAGUCAAUGUCCCGGUGCCGCAAGUUAAGCCGCAACCAAUAAAAGUACAGCCAAAGGUAUCGGGACCAUUUGGAUUGGACAUGGAGUUAUUACACAAAAUUGAAUCAAGUGCUCCAGUUCGAUGUCGAGUUCCUAAGUUAAUAGAGCCGAAUUUGGAUAUGGGCGAAUCUGUUGAGUUGUUGAAUUCUGCUCAGCCAAGGCAAAUUAUCCCAAUAUCGCCUCCAAAGCUUUUGCAACCUAAUUCAGUUGAUAAUAUUUCUCCUUCAUUAAAUAUGAAUAAAGAAGAUAAUUUAGACCGUACUAUUCUUGGGAUGGCUAGCUUAGAUCUUUCAGUAGCAAUUAUGUCAAUGAACGCCAUGGAAACAUAUUUAAAAUCACACCACGUGACGAUGUUGCAAAGUAAAGAAGACAAGUUUAUUAAUUCAGUAAACAUGCAACUGAAGCUUUUGCAAACUUACCCAUUGCACCAUGGAAAUUCCCAAGUAUCAAAAGGUUUUAGAAAUACAUUUAUGCUAAUCCUCACUUUUUACGACACUGGUAUACUUGGUAAAAACGUUUCAACACAAAAUUUGAAAGACCUAGUGGAUCAACUUAUUGGAUUUUUAGCCGAGAAUAAACUUGAACGUAUGAGUGAUUCUGAGGCUUAUGUGAGAGUCAUAAAUAAUAUAGUUCUAAAGAUUAUUGAUAAUUCGGACCAUACCACGAUCAUAUGUGUACUAAUAAAAUUAUUGCACGAGCGCGCCGACUCCAAGGGUCCCAUUAAGUACGAGGAUUUGAUUAUGAAGUGCCUAUGGAAAACUGUCAAAACUAUACCUAAUUGGGCUGGUGACUUGGAUUAUGAUGCUAUUCUUUUGGAGGCGCACAACUUCUUUAAAGAUUAUCCAACCUCCUGGUGGAAAAAGCAAAAGAAGCCUGAUACAUCGAUGCGCACUAUAAAAACAGUAUUACACAGUAUGACUCAAGUUAAAGGCAGCACUAUACUUUGUCAUCUUACUCAAAUUAAUAAUACAAAUGAAUCUGAACUUCGAGUUUACUUAAUGAGGCUUAUAUCGACGUUUAAACCGGAUGAUGUCACCAAAAAAGGAAUAUCUAAAUCAAGCAACAAUCAAAUUCAAAAUCAAAAUCUUUCCGUGCAGCAGCAACUGUCGGAAAUAUUCAAGAAAAUUGGAUCUGAACAACAUAAACGAGAAGGAAUUGCUCAGCUGUAUGACUUCAAACUUCGUCAUCCGGAAGCCGACGUUAAACCGUAUUUAGAAAAAUCACAUCAGUAUUUUCAAGACUACGUAGAACAAGGGCUGAAAGAAAUAGAUAGAACUCGAAAAAAUCAAAAUCUCAUGACUGAUCAAGCUAACAAUCGUACAGGUAAUUAUCGUUUAGGAAGUACCACUGAAGGGGGAAAGAGUGUCCUAGAAGCUUCAACCUUGCAGAGACUGGAAAGACUGAGAGCUCUGGAAGCUCAGUGUCAGAACCGAUCGUGAAUGAAGAAGUAAAUUUAUAAUUAUUUAGGGACGCGUUUUCAUUGAAUACAAUUCUAAUAUCAGCCAAUCACAGAUCUGAUCGUAAGUUAAUGGGAUUAUUUAUCCUUUUAAAUUUUAAAUGCAAAAUAAAAAACUAUAAUAGUUGUGUAUAGUCGAUGUCAUUAUUAUAAAUUAUGACGUUUGUAUGUCCUUUGUUAUGAAAUCCAUGAUUGUAUUUUUAAAGCAAAAUAUUCGAGCAUAUAAGAGUUCAUGUAAUCGAGCUUAAGAGUUUUUUGCCAGAUUGAAUUCUAGCAUAUUUUUUCAUCCAGUUGACAGUUAUUAAAUUAGAUUUAUAACUAGGUUUUAUUAUUAAAAUUUAUUCGUAAUUAUUGCUAGAAUUGAUAUGUAUAGUUUGGGAAUAAUUUAUUGAUACUUGUGUCUAAUUUUUUGUUAAUUGUGAACAAGAAUAAUAAUAUAAGUCUCCUUUAUAUACUUUUUUUGUAGCAUUUUAAGAUGGAGAACAUGAACAUUUUAACCAUCUUAAAAUGUAGUAUUUACAAUAUAUUAUGAUUUUUUAAUAAAAAAAGUUAGAAUGCAAUAUAAAUGAA